AUGAAGCUGGAGUCAAAUUACCAGAUGGACUGGAAUGUCCAGGAGAACAACAUUGUUUGCGAACUGCUGGCUUGUGCGGAUACCUGUUUCAAAUUUUAUUCCAGUACUAUGAGAGGAUCCUUGAUUUGCAAGGCAAGAUUCAAAGAAGCAUUUGCCAUUGACCUACUAUGUAGCAUGAUUUUAUGCAAUAUUAUUGCAGAAGGGUACCUUCGUGCACACGUUCAUACUGUCCAGUUUAAGAAAUAUGUCUCCAUUUUUGGUCAGUUGAAGCUUGUAGAACAUUCACUCAAUGCUAUCUUACUUCCUGGGGAUACAGCUUUGAACAGCUCGGGAUUCCCUUGGCAUCGGAUCUCUUUCUUCAUGUGGUUGACGGCUAUUUAUGUAGUCUUCCAGUGGAUUCUUCAUGCAUACGUAUCAAUUUGGUGGCCGUACCCAAUCCUUGACUUGUCACUUGAAGAUGCUCCUUUAUGGUAUUUGGUGGUGGCACUAGCGCAGAUCCCAUGUUAUGCUAUCUUUGUAUUGCUGGUGAAGAUAAAACAUUUGGUAUUGUCCAAAUGGUUCCCUCAGUCAUAUCAAUUUUGCCCCUAAGACCUCCAUCCAAUAUCAAGUGUUUCUUAUAGUCUACCACUAAAAGAGGUAUUCAAAAAGUAUGUAUCAUUGGAAAGGUUCCCUGUGAUACGUAUCAAUUUUCUUUGGGCAAUUCUUGAUAUAAUUGGAAUAGAUGGGUGAUACAUUUGGCAGAAUGGAAAGUAUUUCUUUUGAGAUGUAUGUUCGGCACAGAAAAUAUG